AUGGAACUGUGCGAGUCUUGCCACUGCUCCAGAAUUCCUCUAGGGUGGACCAGAGAGGUCAGGCAGCGGCGAAAGGGCAAGACAGCAGGAAAAUUUGACGUGUACUUCACCAGUUCCUGUGGGCAGAAGUUCCGAUCAAGAUCGUCUCUGCAAGCAUUUCUUGUGAAAAAUGACCAAGACGUCGACAUUGAUCUCUUUAAUUUUAAAGCGAGCUGUUUGCAGUGCCUCACUGCUCCUGAGAAACAGACAAGGGGUGUACAGAAUAACAUUCCCCAAAAAACUGUUUCAUCUCCACUUACAAGUUCCUCCCAUAAAAGUGUUGACGAGCAAAGCCUAAUGACAACUGAACACACAAACGCAGCGCUUGUUGAUAUCACGCCACAGCAAGACCCUCAUAAGCCAGGUCCACUGAGAAUGAGGCUUCUACAACCAGCUCUUCCUGGAGUCGUGGAGGAACGCCGAGAGGAUGACCUGAACAACAGCGAUGCAGAACGUGAACAGAACGUCACUCCCGAUGCCCAAGCGAGCGUCUUGUUGUCUGAUAUGAUUGCUGGCAAUUGCGAACCAUUGGGCACUUUCAAGAAGAAAAGAGCCACAAGUUCCAAAGACAAGCGGAAAACAAGCCCUUAUUUCAGCAGGACACCUCUUGCAGACGGUCCAAGUCCACCUCGAAGAAAAGCUUUCAAGAAGUGGACACCUCCUCGUUCUCCUUUUAACCUUGUACAAGAAACACUUUUCCAUAAUGUGUGGAAGCUGCUGGUAGCCACCAUCUUUCUCAACAAGACAAGUGGCAAGAUGGCUAUUCCAAUCCUGUGGCGAUUCUUCGAGAGGUACCCGUGCGCCGAGUCGGCUUGCCACGCCGACUGGAAGGCAGUGUCGGAACUACUCAAGCCGCUUGGACUGUUUGAGCUUCGGGCCAAAAUCAUCAUUCGUUUCUCAGAUGAAUUUCUGAACAAAGACUGGCGUUACCCCAUUGAGUUGCACGGCAUUGGCAAGUAUGGCAACGAUUCCUACAGGAUCUUCUGUGUGGAAGAAUGGAGACAGGUGAAGCCUAAAGAUCACAUGUUGAACAAAUACCACACGUGGCUUUGGGAAAACCAGGAGACCCUCGGAAUCUGA